CAGCGCUAGUCCCGCCUGUCACCGCCCCUGGGAGAGGGACUGCGAGUUUAAUGUUCCCCCUGCACGCCGUCGAUACCAGGGGACUCAUUUUACUUUAGCCCUCACCACUUUUAUUUUUGUGUUUUAUCUUCCCGAGACUUCUAAAUCCGUUCAAGAAAAUUUGGACUACAACAGUUUUUUUUUUUAUCCCCGCCUCUCCUUGGCAACAUUCAAGUGACAAGCCAUGCUACUACCCUCAUCACUACUCCUCCUCCUCGCCCUCCUCACCUGGAGCCCCAGUGCAUCAUGGGCUGCUAAAGUGAUUGUGGUCCCGCCCAUCAUGUUUGAAUCCCACCUCUACAUCUUCAAAACGUUGGCCACAGCCCUGCACCAGGAGGGUCAUGAAACCCAUUUUCUAAUAUCAGAGGGCCGUGAGGUGCCCCCCUCUUCUCACUAUCAUUUUCAGCGGUACGCUGGGAUCUUUAACAGCACCACAGCUGACAAUUUCCUCCAGUCUAAAGUGUCUAACAUCUUCUCAGGCCGCCUGACAUUUCUAGAACUGUUUGACAUUCUUGACCAUUACUCUCAGAACUGUGAUGCUGUGGUCGGUAACACCGAGGUAAUGACUCGCCUCAAGGAAGCCAAGUUUGACCUGCUGCUGGUGGACCCCAAUGAGAUGUGCGGCUUUGUGAUUGCUCAUAUCCUGGGUGUAAAGUAUGCAGUGUUCAGCACAGGCCUAUGGUAUCCUGCAGAGGCGGGUGCCCCGGCCCCACUUUCAUACGUUCCCGAAUUCAACUCAUUGCUGACGGACCGCAUGACUCUGCUCCAGAGGAUCAGCAACACGGCAGUUUACCUGGUGCAGCGCUUUGGAGUCCAUUAUAUAGCUCUACCCAAGUAUGACAGGAUUAUGAAGAAGUAUGGCGUGAAGCCUCAGGUGGCCAUGGCGGACCUCGUGCAGGGCAGCAGGCUUUGGAUGCUGUGCACUGACAUGGCUCUGGAGUUCCCCAGGCCCACCCUUCCUCAUGUGGUGUACAUAGGAGGCAUCCUUACCAAGCCCCCCAACCCACUGCCACAGGACUUUGAGGCCUGGGUGAAUGACACAGCGGAGCAUGGCUUUGUGGUUGUGUCGUUUGGUGCUGGGGUCAAGUACCUUUCCCAUGACAUCGCUCACAAGCUGGCCGGAGCCCUCGCCAGGCUGCCCCAGCGUGUCGUCUGGAGAUUCUCCGGAGUUCCACCCAGUAACCUUGGCAACAACACCAAGCUUGUGGAUUGGAUGCCUCAGAAUGACUUAUUAGGCCACGCCAACACCAAAGCCUUCCUGAGUCACGGCGGCCUGAACAGCAUCUACGAGGCCAUGUACCACGGCGUGCCGGUUGUCGGUGUGCCUUUAUUCGGUGAUCACUAUGACACCAUGACUCGUGUGUCAGCCAAAGGUAUGGGUAUCAUGCUACACUGGAAGUACAUGAGCGAAGAAGACCUGUACACCGCCCUGACCAGCGUCAUCAAAGACAACAGGUAUCGCCAGCAAGCCCGCGUCCUCUCCAACAUCCACAAAGACCAGCCGGGCCACCCUGUCACCAGAGCCGUCUACUGGAUAUGCUACAUCCUCCGUCACCACGGUGCCAACCACCUGCGCUCCGCCGUAUACGAGGUGUCCCCCUACCAGUACUUCCUGGUGGAUGUGGUUCUCGCCGUGGGGUCCGCCCUGGCUCUGACCAUCUUUGCCUUGCGAUGGUUGGUGGGACUGUUCAGGGGGAACGUCAAGGACCAGGGCAGAGGAGUUGCCGUCGUCAGGGAUGAGAGUAACAUGGCUAAUGGACAUUGUCAUAGCGAGAGCGUCGCUAACGGGAAACACAAACGCAAUGGCUCCUUGAAAAACGAGAAGAAGAUAAAUUAAUGUUUGGAACGGCCAAGAGGGAAGAAGACGUUAGAAGAAGAAGUAGAAGAAGUUGCCCCAAGGACUCAGCUCUGAGAUUGAUUUAGUGGUUUUUAUAUAAGCUUUGAUGGAAAGGUUUUCAUUUGUCUGCGUCGAGAGGCUGUAGGAUCACAGAGCAUGGCAAUGGGUGCUCGAAUCUGUGUGUGUGUGUGUGUGUGUGUGUGAUGUAUGUGUAUGUGUGCACUGAGGCGAAUUUAACGCAAACUCCUAACAGCAGUAGCUACAGCGAUACUAUACCAAAUGGGAAAGUCCUUAAGGAAGAAGCAGAGGACAGACACAGUGCAGGACAUUGUUUCUACACGCGUGUCUUCCCCUUCCUGCAUGCUCUCUGUCCUCCUCACCAGUGGAAGGAUGACAAAGACGGGAAAUCCUGAGCGCCAACCCCCCCCUCACCGCCGGAACAAAACGAGACUGAUAACUGUUGAAUUAUUUAGGACUUUACUGUCAAAAACUGCAAAAAAAAAAAAAAAAAAAGAAGUCUGGUAAAAACUGUAAAUAGAAGACAAAUCUAUUUAUUACUGUACGAAUGUGUUUUAAUGAUGGACCUUGUUACGCGUAAUCUUAUCAUUAAUUUAUUUCAUGUAUCUGCAGUGUGAUAGCAUGAUGGUAAAUGUACACUCCCUGCUCUUGGCUAACAUUGUCUUGUUUACGUCGGUGAAAAAACAGUCAUUGUGAGCCUGCAUGCUGCUUUCUGCUGUGGCGUUAUCCACAGUAUUCACGGUGGCUCUGUUUUUUUUUUUUUGUUUUUUUUUUUAAAUCCACAAUAGUGCUGACAAUAUUCCUCAAUUUUUUUUCCCCCCCUUUGCACCUGGUAGUGCCAACCUGUGACUUCACUUAAGUGUGAAAAGCCCAAUUGUCUCCUCCCUGACAGUUAGCUCUUGUCGAGAAGAGCCCCAUUGACUGCUGUUUGGCAUAUCAGCGUGAAAAGGAUGAUUGUGUUAUUAUCUAAGGAUACAAUAAUGCUAAACUACCAAAGAUACUGUGGAUAAGCCCCAGCUAGAACAGACAUGUGCUCAGACUCAUCCAGUCAGGUGAUCAGGGAUGAGUCAGAGCAUUAUUGAUUCAUGAUAACUCGCUUCGCUAGUCCCACAUCUCAAGUCUGCAUCCCUCCUCUAUUUAUUUAUUAAUAAGUACGGAUUCAUCACUUGAUUGCCAUGUUUAGUGCUACACAUGGCUUCUCACGUCAUUCCUCUGUGAUUUAAUUCACUUUUCACAUAUUGUAAGUCUUAUGGAUUCAGAUGUUUAGGGUUGAUGUCCAAACUGUGUCGACCCUGUUUUAUCACAGUAACACUGUGUGCGAAUGAUUCCUUGCAACGCAGAUAUUUGUGUAUGAAGAAUGCUCAGUCAGAUAAUGUGUGCUUGUUAGAGUUUACUGUACAGCUUUAGACUGAGUUUGUGUUGUGGAUGAGAGCCUUGUUUUUUUUUUUUUUCACCCGCUGAGAGCUAAACUAGCACUGGCUUUUUGGGGCUAUUCUGUGAAGUCAUGUCAUCAUACUGAGUGUGAGCCCAUGCAGACGUUUUUGAAGUCCGAAGGUUCUUCAGCUUGAGCACUGAAGUUGCCUUCUGUAGUUAUUUUUUUUCCCGUCUUGUUUAUCAAUCCACAUUAUUUUCCGUUUGUUUUUCCGCCUUAUUUCACAUGAAGGGGAAAAAAGAGUGAAUUUGUUUCUGCAACAGAAGUUAACUACACGGCUUCCAUGUAAUCCAUGUAUCCAAGUGACACUGAAGUACAGAAAGGACUGGACAUGGUUCCUGUAGAGUUUAUAGGGAUUUGGUGUAACGCAAUAGUGGACAUCUUAGAAUGCUAGGUGCUUGUGAACACGGGACACACAAAUCUUUUCAAACAUUUCAAGAUGCACAGUUUGUCAAUCCAACAGGCCAUACAGAUACUGUUUUUCCCUCCUUUGUUCCAGCAGCACACUCAGAAAAUCUACUUCAUAAAGUUUCAAGUCGCAGCCUCAAUUGGAAUUAUCAUCAGCGAUGUACUCACAUGGCGAAUAUAGCGAAGUAAAUGUAAAAGGAACGUAACUUGUCAAAGUUGUUGAGGACCUAACCUCAUAUCUACAUGCUUCAAGUAUGUUCACACAUCCUGUCUGAUAAUUAAGAAAAGCUUCGUGAUCUCCCUUUCUCUAUGAGCUACCAUUACACCUGCAGAGCCUGACCCAGCCCCGCUGAAAACACACACGACUGUUAUACUUGAAUCAUCAUCAUUUUCACAUGAAACAACUGCAGCUGUUAUGAGAGCUGGGCGGGCCUGCAGGUGCUAAACAAGCUAUGAACAGAGUCUGGUGAGGAAUACUUUUUUUUUUUUGAACAUGUAACUUUUUCCAUUAUUAUUUCAGUAUUAAUGUCGAAAACCCAUAAUAAUGUUCAAUGUCCAUAUUCUAUUUCACUAAUAUGUUUCUGUGCUUCAUCUGAAGUCUGACACGUCUCCGUUUUCUUGUUAUUCUUCAGCUUGAAGACGUUCUCUAUACUGUCGUCAAUAACAGCGCACUCCCUUGUUCCACUUGUCCACCUCUUUGUCUCACUCCUGACUUCCCGGUGUUUUCAGCUGUCUUUGUAACGCUUGUCUUGUUUGUUCGAGUCCACGCCCUGAAUAUGAUCUCCUUUUAACUUGCUUUUCUAAAGAACACUUCACUUUACUUUGAUUUUAAAAUGACGUUAAGUCCUCAGUUUUUCUGUCAUGAGUGUCCACGUUGUAACUAUGUAAACAAAAUACUAAUGCUGAAUAAAAAUGACAUAUUUUGUUUGCACAGAGGAUUGCAAAUCUUUUGUUAGUUUAGAUUUUUAUUUUUUAUUUUUAGGACAGACGACAGAGUCUCUCAAAGAGGAGGAAAACUUUUAUUUACUUAAAAAGAAUGUAGUUAGGGGGGGUGCCGGUAGCAUAGUGGUUAGUGCCCUAUGAACAGCGGCUAUUGUCCUCCAAGCGAGCAGCCCGGGUUUGAAUCCAACCUGUGGCUCCUUUCCCGCAUGUUAUUACCUACUAAUCUUCUCCCUGAUUUCCAACUUUCUCCACUGAGCUAUCUCUAUAAUAAAGGCAUAAAAAGCCCCCCCC